AUGUGCAAAUUUGCAGUGUGCGCCCAACUUAUCGAGGGUGCCAAAAACGAGAACCUCGUUGUGAAAGGCCCUAUUCGCCUCCCAACGAAGGUACUCCGCAUCACUACUCGCAAAACUCCUUGCGGAGAAGGAUCCAAAACAUGGGAUCGUUUCCAGAUGCGUAUCCAUAAGCGUCUGAUUAACCUGCACACACCUGCUGAUCUCCUGCGUCAGAUUACCUCAAUCUCCAUUGAACCUGGAGUCAAUGUUGAGGUCACACAGGCCAACUAA